AUGUUAGAUGUAUCUCAACAAUCUCCAUCUUGGGUUCCAAUGGUUGAUAUGUUAUUUAGACGUCAUAGAUUAGGGGUCGGCUUAUUAGAUAAUUGUAUAUAUGCAGUUGGUGGGCGUUCAUUCAACCGUAUAUUGAAGAGUGUAGAGGUAUUUGAUUUUAGUAUUCAAAAAUGGCGAAUGAUGUCCAAUAUGACAAUUGAGAGAUAUAAUUUGGGUGUUGGUGCUCUCAAUAAUCGUUUAUACGCGGUUGGAGGUGUUAAUUCUGAAGUUUUGAAAUCUGUGGAAUAUUAUGAUCCCACACUCGACACAUGGACUCCAGUUGCAGAAAUGUCUGUAUGCCGUCAAGGUGUUGGUGUAGGAGUCUUGGACGGUCUUAUGUAUGCUAUUGGUGGCUAUGAUGAAAGAAGGAUUCUUAAAAGUGUUGAGGUUUAUAGACCAAGUGAUGGAGUUUGGUCUUUUAUAGCUGAUAUGCAAUUCCCUCGAUACAGGCCUGGAGUAGCUGUAUUAGAUGGUUUAUUGUAUGUUAUGGGUGGAGAAUUUAAUAGUACUGUAGAAAUUUACAACCCAAUCACCAAAACUUGGACCAUGGAUAUAUUGUCAAAUCAUGAAAUUUAUGGUGGAGUAGUCGUUAAUAGACCACCACAUCAUAAAUAA